AUGAGACUGGCAGAAGCUGAGGGGGCCCUCGAAAGGGCUAAGGAGGCGCAGGCCGCGCAGCAGUUCUCAGGCCAAAGGCAGCUUAGGGAGUUGAAUGCAGAUCUGGACGCAGACAACGAAGACCUCUCGCAGCAACUGCAGGCGGUCUUUGUGCAAUUCAGCGAAGUGAAGGCAGAGAGGGACUCUUUGAAGGCGCAGGUGGCGGAGCUCGAGGCGAAGUACAAGUUUAUGAAGCUCUCGAAGUCCUCUCACUCCGAGAGAGUCUACGGGUCCCGCGGAAGCCCCUCGGGGCCCCGUGGGGAGCUGCGGGGUUCUGGGGGCCCCUCAGGGGAGUGGGGCCGUCGGGGGGGCCCCCCGGGGGGCCCCCCGGGGGCCCCCCCGGGGGGCCCCCCGGGGGGCCCCCCGCCUGCGGGGGGCCCCCAAGCCGGGGGGGGCCCCCAAACCCCGGGGGGCCCCCAAACCCCGGGGGGCCCCCCAAACCCCGGGGGGCCCCGCGAGGACAGCAGCAAAGGCAGCAGAAACAGCCGGAGAAGCUGCUGGGACUCUGAGAGGUCCCCCGAGGGGGCCCCCCGGCGGGAGGCCCCCGAGGGGGCCCCCCGGCGGGAGGCCCCCGAGGGGGGCCCCCGGAGGGAGGGCCCCGAGGGGGGCCCCCGGGGGCCCCGCGGGGAGCGAGAAAGAGACAGAGAUAGAGACAGAGACAGAGACAGAGACAGAGAAAGAGACAGAGAAAGAGACAGAGAAAGAGAAAGAGAAAGAGAAAGAGAAAGAAGAAAUAAAGAAAGUCAUCGGAGGCCCUCCGACGAGAACAGAACCCGCAGGGGGUCCGCCGCCGGCUCUUCCAGGCAGCGCAGCGGCGCUCGCUAG